ACAACUCCACCACCACCAGUCACGGCCGCCGCCGCCGCCACCAAUGGCGCGGAAGACCGGGAAGAAGAGAGGCGGAAGCAAGCCCAAGCCCCAAACCCAAACUCCACUUUCCUCUAGCUCGCCCAACUCGGUUUCGCCCCAACCAUCGGUGGAGCCGCCGGCGGAGGCAGCGAUCGACGUCCUACCCCUGGAUGUAUUCCCGAACAUCUUCCGCCGUCUCUCCCUCGUCGAUCUAUUCCGCGCCGCCCUUGCCUGCCACCGCUGGUGCCGCGUCGCCGCCCGCUGCCUCCCCCGCGCCGCUCCCCUCCUUGGCUACUUCUUCCACCCCGUCAAAACCGCUACCCCGCCGCACAUCCACCAAAGAGACCCAACCCGCUACGACGCCGUCUUCGCUCCCCUCGACGCCUCCUCCCCGCGCCUCUCCCUCGACUUCGCGCCGGACGCCUCCCGCUUCGAGCUCCACGACUGCCACCAAGGCCUCCUGCUCCUCGAGCCGAACGUGCCGACUCCAAGGUCGACGCACCCCCGCCUUCUCGUCCUCGACCCGGCCACCCACCGCCGGGCUCUCCUCCGGCCGCCGCCGCGCGACACCGUGCCCGACGACCACCGCUGGCGCAGAUCCAGGUACUACGUCGGCUCCGCGCUGCUCUCCCGCGCUCACCCGAGCAAGCUCUGCUUCGAAGUCGUCUGCUUUACCAUCGACGGCGGGCAUCCGCGCGCCUGGGUCGCGUCCUUCGACAACGACCAGUGCCGCUGGCGCGCGCUCCCACUGGCCGAGCAUGUCUUGGUCGACUUCGACCCCUACUGGUUCGAGACCCGCGGCGUACAUGCUGCCGGCAAGAUGUACUGGCACAUCUGCAACUCCAGCCGCGUGCUGGAACUGGACCUCGCCACGCUGACCUUCUCGUACCUGCUGCCGCCGGCGGCGCUGCCGGGCCACCGCUUCAAGUACCGCAUGGGGGAGACGCCCGACGGGCGGCUCUGCGUGGUGACCGUGGAGAACGAGCUGAUGCAGCGCUGGGUGCGCGGCGACAGCAUGCGCAGCGACAACGGCUGGAUCGUGGAGGAGGAGAUGGAUAUCAGCAAGGUCUACGACACGGUGCCCGGCCUGCCCAAGGACCGGAUCAGGAGGAAGCAGAGCAUCAUGGUCAUGGACGUCGACGUGGGGCAGAAGUGGAAGCUGUUCAUCGAGAUGCUGGGAUACGGGACCUACUCCUUCGAUUCCAACACCCGCAAGCUCCACCGCCUCGCCACCAAAGGCGGCAAGGAGUACGGCAAGCCCAUCUGCGCCUACGUCCUCGCAUGGCCGCCUGCCUUCCUUGCUCAAGCCUAAUG